AUGGACGGUGAAAAUAGCGUUGGAGGAGGAGGAGGAGAUGAUCACAACCGUCACCUUCACCACCACCAUCACCGGCCAACUUUUCCUUUUCAACUUCUCGGAAAACGAGACCCCGAUGACACUCAACAACAACAACAACCUUCCCCCUCUUCUUCCUCAUCUCUCUUCUCCCUCCACCAGCACCAACAGUUAUCCCAAUCGCAACCGCAAUCGCAACCACAGCAAAAACCACAACCACAAAAAGACUUAGAGGAGUCAGCUGUGGUUGUAGCUAAAAAGCCGCCGUUAAAACGAGCGUCGACUAAAGAUAGACACACCAAAGUAGACGGAAGAGGGAGGAGGAUAAGGAUGCCUGCGUUAUGCGCAGCUAGGGUUUUCCAGCUAACACGCGAGCUCGGCCAUAAAUCCGACGGUGAAACUAUCGAGUGGCUUCUCCAACAAGCUGAGCCGUCAGUUAUCGCCGCCACCGGAACAGGAACUAUCCCGGCGAAUUUCACUUCUCUCAACAUCUCUCUCCGUUCUUCAGGCUCCUCCAUGUCUCUCCCUUCUCAUUACCGUAACGCCGCUUCCACUUUUAGCCCUAACAACAUCUUCUCUCCAUCGUUACUUCAACAACAACAACAACGAAGUGGCGGUGGUGGGUUUCUUCACCCUCACCAUCAUCUACAGGGACGUGCAACGACGUCGUCUCUCUUUCCUGGUAUUGAUAACUUCACCCCAACUACAUCGUUUUUGAACUUCCAUAAUCCGACAAAGCAAGAAGGAGAUCAAGAUUCGGAAGAGUUGAGUUCAGACAAGAAACGAAGACUCCAACUCCAGACGACGUCGGAUCUACAUCAUCAACAUGAUCAAAUCGGUGGCUAUACGCUUCAGUCUAGCAACAGCGGCUCUACCGCUACAACCGCUCAAAUACCAGGAAAUUUCUGGAUGGUUGCGGCUGCGGGUGCGGGUGCGGCGGGUGGUGGUAAUAAUAACCAAACAGGAGGUUCUGUUGGAGGCGGUGGAAGUGGAGAGCCUGUCUGGACGUUUCCUUCGAUUAACACUGCGGCUGCUGCGUUAUACAGAAGUAGCGUUUCGGGCGUUUCAGGUGGGGCGGUUUCGAGCGGUUUACAUUUUAUGAAUUUCGCAGCGCCAAUGGCAUUUCUUACUGGACAACAGCUGGCAACCAGUAGUAAUCAUGAGAUUAAUGAAGAUAAUAAUAAUGAAGGUGGAAGAAGUGACGGUGGUGAUCAUCAUAAUACACAGAGACAUCAUCAUCAACAACAACAACAACAACAACAUCAUAAUAUUCUCUCCAGUUUAAGUCAGUAUGGACGGCAAGUUUCCGGCGAAUCUCAGGCUAGUGAUUCACUUGAAGGCCGUGACGAAAAUCAGCAAGAUUAAGCACACGAGGAAAACAAAGCAGUUAAUCGUGGGUUACCUGGCGGCGCCGGUCGUGGCGACGGUGUUCGGCGGCUGUGUAAUACGUUUGUUUUGCCGUUAUUUUUUUUUUACUUUCUGUAUUAUUUUUUGUUAAGUAAAAAAAACAAAAAUACGUGAGAACGUGAGAUUAUUUUUAGUUUUGAUUUUUUUUCUUACUUUUGAUUUAAAUUUGAAUUUUUUUUUCUUGUGAGUGAGUGAGUGAUUAAAUAGUACACGAGAUUUUCUCUGUCAGGUUUUUGGAUUUUGAGGAGAAUAUGACACUUUUUAUCAUU